GGGGGGGGGGGGGCACCUUGCCUGUACCGUCACUAGAAAAGCCGGAGAGCAUAACGCCACCGCGUCACUUUGAGGGCGGAUAUCGGCCGGUCCUCAUCCUCUCUUCCUCCACACUCUUCCUCCUUCCCCUGCACUCUCCCACUCGGUCUCCAUCAGCCUUCAUGGUUCUGAUCUCAGCCCACGCCAUGCAAGCCACCCGGGCGCCCACCACCUUCAGUGUGUUUGCGGACUGCAGCAUCCCGGCCGGGCUCCGAAUAGGACCGGUACCGGGCAUCUUCAAACUCGGGAAAUACGCGUCGGACCGUAAGGAAGUUGGACCCAAGAAGAAGAUCCGCUUGGUGCGGGGAGAGUUCGUGGAUGAGUCCGCCUGUCCCGUGCCAGACUGGAUCGGAUUCAUCCGCGCCGCCAGAAACAGUCAAGAACAAAACCUGGAGGCUGUGUCGGACUUACCUGGCGGACAGAUUUUCUACCGCGUGCUGAGAGAGAUCCCUUCAGGAGAGGAGCUCAGUGUUUGGUACUCCAACGCUCUGGCCCAGUGGUACGACAUCCCGACCACGGCCACUCCCACGCACGACGAGAAAGGUGAGGAGCGUUACAUCUGCUGGUACUGCUGGAGAAUAUUCAAAUACCCGAACACACUCAAGGCCCACGUCCACUUCCACUGCGCCCUGAGCAAUGGACGGGGGUUUGUGAACAGCGAGCAAGCCAGAGGCACGGAGACCUUCAGCAGGUCACCAAAGUCUGGAGACAUCCCCAACACUUCCACCUCUCCGAGGAGCGGUCACAGUAUCUCCUCCAUGUCAGACUCUGGCAGGCGGGGGCUGUCCUCCUCGCCGUUUCUACACAAAGUGGGACUGUCGAAGAAAACCAGCUCAGAGGAACAGGACAGGGCCCUCGACAUGAGCGUUACAUCUGCCAGAAACCAAGGACACAUCCUCGGCCUCGGCGCCACAUCCUCAGUGCUGAGCAGCAUGGGCUUCCACCCGGGUGUGCGCUCUGCCUUCAAACCGACCGGCGUCUCCAAAGUCCCGGGCGCGGACGCCUCCAGAGAGGACGCCAAUGGGAAGCUGAGCGGCCUGGGGUUCAGCAAACUCAUUGGAAACAUGAAACCUAUCCGUAAUGUAGGAGAGACUCUAAAUGGAGCGGGGAACCCCCCUCCCAAGUGCCCGCCUGCAAUUAUGGACUCCGCAUCUUCAAUGGUGCCAUGCACAAACGCUAUCCGGGGCUUCCCGUUGCUGCCUCACAUAGAGGAGAACUCAGCUUUUAAGCACGUAGAGAGUCGGAUGCACCCUGGACUGUCCCCGUCCCGUUACCCCCAGAUGCCCCCCGGACUCCAGUUUGAGAGGUUCUCUCUCCCUCACUUCGACGGCGUCAAGACAUAUGGUGGAGACUGUAACAUCCCAUUCAUGCCCCUCACCGUCUACAACGGGGAGCUCCUGUACAGCUCGCCUUACUAUCCGCUAAAAUUCCACUUCAGCAACCUCCUCAAGUACCCGGAGUCCAUGUCCUACUUUGGCGCGCCUUCACUGAACCAUGACCUGGGCUCCAUCACCAACAUUGACCGGGAGAUCGCCAUGCACACGCAGCAGCUGUCUGAAAUCGCCUCGGAGAAGAACCGGACGAGGCUGGACUCCAUGCCCACCGGGAGCGCCAGCAAUGCCGGGUCGGGCAAACCGAAAAAGGGACAUCUGUGUCUGUAUUGCGGCAAGCUCUACUCGAGGAAAUACGGCCUGAAAAUCCACAUGAGGACUCACACAGGUUACAAGCCGCUCAAGUGCAAAGUGUGCUUCAGGCCGUUUGGAGACCCCAGCAACCUGAACAAACACAUCCGGCUCCACGCGGAGGGCAACACGCCCUACAGGUGCGACUUUUGUGGCAAGGUGCUGGUGCGGAGGCGGGACCUGGAGAGGCACGUCAAGUCCAGACACCCGGGGCAGACGGUCAAGAAAUUGGAGGACAAACCGGGCGGCGUGUUCGAGGACGCGGAGCAAAAGAGCGACAACGACAGCGACGUGGACGUGUGCUUCACCGACGACCAGAGCGACCAAGAGUCGACCAAAAAUAAUGACUGAGAAGUUUUCGUUUCCAGGAGAGAGACUGCGCAUUGACUUUAAUUUAUGUACACAAGAAAACAUGUCAUUUAGUCUUCUAUAAGCUUGAAUCUUUACAUUUUAGACACUGACCUAAUGGCGCUGAACUGCAUGGCACCAAAUUGUCCAAACUUAAUGAGAAUUCGCAUUUGGAGUGUUCCUUUUGGACUCAAAAGGACUUUUUUUUUUUUCAUUUGUUGUUUCGUCGUUGACUUAUUCGAGAAAAUUAAUAAGGAUCCUGGCCUAUAUUUAGCUGUUAGUCACGUGAAAUGUUCUUUGGCUCGCUCAUGGACAGAUAUUGUUCUGCUCGGCCUACAACAUGUGAACCAUUCAAAAAUCCAGGGGUGUUGCAAAUCUAUAAUUGUUUUCAGAUUAUUAUUAUUAUUAUUAUUAAUAAUAAUACUUCUGCGUCUCAAAACACUGGAAAUCCUCAACCAUCCCAGCAUCAGCACACAAAACAAUAACAAUAAUCCAACAUCACUUCCAGACAUUUUCAGUAGAAAAUCAACUAAAUUAGGGCUGAAUAUGAAUAGGAAUAGGAAUAUUAGGGCUGAAUAUGAGACUUAUAAAAAUAUUUUUUUAAGUGUAAAAAAAGGUAACAGCUGUCUUUUUUAAUACGUCUCUCGCUGAGAAAGGAUAUGUGCGUUUAUUUACCUAGAGGCAUAUUAUAAAGAACAAUAAUAAGAAUAAUAAAUAAAAAGCACUACAUUCCGUCACACUGGAUAUGGAUGCAUUCUGGGAAAUUAUGAGCUGCAAAAGAAUAUGAUUCUUUUCUAUUUUGUUUUUAUUUUUGCAUCAUUCUCACAUUCCCUUCUGAACUAUCAGUUGCACUUUAAAGACAACAAUGGGCAUUUCAUUUCAGCAAAACAGAUGCAUUAUGAUUUAUUAUAAUCCAAUUUAUUUCCAUAACUCCAUUAAAGAACACAUUGUACUUAAAUUUGCACUUUCCGCCCCCCCCCCCGUUUAUUUAAGGAACUAUUUCUAGAAAAAAAGAAAAUUGUAUUGAUUGCAGUUAUGUAAAGAAGUAUAAAGUAUGAUAUUUCACAUUUCAGUGGAGAAGUGUUGUAUACGUUUGUUUAUAAGUGAUAUUGUCUAUGAGCGCCAUAUUUCCUCCUGUGUCCAUCGAGUCCUCGGUUUUUGAA